AUGUGGCCCCGCUCGAUAGCCCACGCCCGGCUCGUGAGGCAGUCGCCGACGUCCGGCCUUCUGCGACGCGGCUUUGCUAGCAGCAUGUCGAGAAUGCAGGAAAAGAUUACUGUGAAGAACCCGGUGGUAGAGCUGGAUGGCGACGAGAUGACGAGGAUCAUCUGGAAGAAGAUCAGGGAAGAGCUUAUCCUGCCCUAUCUUCAACUGGACAUCAAGUACUUCGACCUCGGGCUCGAGCACCGAGAUGCUACGGCAGACCGCGUGACGAUUGAAUCCGCCGAGGCGAUCCUCAAGCACAGCGUCGGCAUCAAAUGUGCGACGAUCACGCCCGACGAGGCGCGCGUGAAGGAGUUCAACCUCAAGCAGAUGUGGAAGAGCCCGAAUGGGACGAUCAGAAACAUCCUCGGUGGGACCGUGUUCCGCGAGCCCAUCAUCCUCAAGCGCAUUCCGCGUCCCAUCCCAGGGUGGAAAAACCCCAUUGUCAUUGGUCGUCAUGCAUUUGGUGACCAGUACCGCUCAACAGACUUCGUCGCACCGGGACCAGGGAAACUCCAGCUUGUGUACUCGCCAGCCAGCGGCGGCGAGCCGACCGUCAUGGAUGUAUACGAUUUCAAGGGCAAGGGAGUUGCGAUGAGCAUGUACAACACCGAUGAUUCGAUCACUGGGUUUGCACACUCGUCAUUCAAGAUGGCUCUGGCAAAGAAGCUACCUUUGUUCAUGUCAACGAAGAACACCAUCCUCAAAAAAUACGACGGGCGGUUCAAGGACAUUUUCCAGGAUGUCUACGAAACCACCUACAAGCAGCAGUUCGAGGCCGCAGGCAUCUACUACGAGCACCGUCUGAUCGAUGACAUGGUCGCGCAGGCGAUCAAGUCGUCUGGUGGCUUCGUCUGGGCUUGCAAGAACUACGACGGGGACGUGCAGUCGGACAUUCUUGCGCAAGGCUUUGGCAGCCUGGGCAUGAUGACGAGCGAACUCAUCACACCCGACGGAAACACGAUCGAGAGUGAGGCGGCACAUGGCACGGUAACGCGGCACUACCGUGAAUGGCAGAAGGGCAAUGAAACAUCAACAAAUCCAGUUGCGUCGAUAUUCGCAUGGACGCGGGGGUUGCUACACCGUGCGAAGCUCGACGGUAACGACGCGCUACGGGUGUUCUGCGAGGACCUUGAGGCGGCGUGCGUGGAGACGAUUGACCAAGACAACAUCAUGACGAAGGACCUUGCGCUCGCGAUCCACGGGCGGGAUAUGAAACGCGAGCACUGGGUCGUCACAGAUGUGUACAUGGAUGCGGUGAAUACGAAGCUGAAGCAGAAGAUGGCUGCACGGGCGAAGCAGUAG